GCUGUUGGGGAGGGUAUAAAGUGGGAGGCCGGGGCUGCCCCCGCGGAGCAGAGCCCCAGCGCCCAGCCAUGAAGGUCUCGAUCCUGCUCCUGCUGGUCUGCGUGGCCGUCCUGGCGGUGGGAGCACGGGCCGACACGCCCGAUGACACGGACACGGUGGUGAGGAAAGUGCAGGAGUACGUCAAGCAGGCCACCGACGUGGUCAAGUCGGUCUUCACCACGGUGCAGGAGUCAGAGGCAGCUCAGCAAGCCAGGAAAUGGCUGUCGGACAAUGCCGACGUGGUGAAGCAGCAGCUGGCCCGGCUGAAGGAGCAGCUCUCGGAGCUCUGGAAGCUGACGCCGGGCGCGUAGCCUCGCCGCGGGCUGGCGGGGGGGCGGCCGGGUGCGGGUCCCACCUGGCCACCGGCCCCGGCUCCCCCACGGAGCGACGCGUCCCCUUCGUGGCGGUUCUUGUAAUAAAGUGGAGCUGAAGCCAGA